AUGGACGGCGCCGGUCAAGAAGAUAUUGAUUUGUAUGGUGAGUCUGCCCCCGGACUUAUCGAUACCGGCCCUCUCUCUCUUCCUUCCCCCGUCUCUCACCAGGCCGCUGACAAUGUCUCCCCAGAGCUGCUCGGUGUAGACAAGAGCGCCACCCCGGACCAGAUCAAGAAGGCUUACCGCAAGCUUGCUCUGCAACACCACCCCGACAAGGUGCCCGAGGACCGCCGAGAAGAGUCCGAAGCCAAGUUCAAGUCCGUAACACAAGCCUACGAGAUCCUGCGCGAUGAGGACAAGCGGGAGAUGUACGACCGCCACGGCAUGGCCGCCUUCGACCCCAGCCGGGGCGGCGGCAUGGGCCAGGAGGCCGAUAUCAACGACAUCCUGGCACAGAUGUUCGGCAUGGGCAUGGGCGGCGGCGGCAUGCCCGGCAUGCCCGGCGGCGGCCGACGCGGGCCCAUGAAGGGCCCCGACGAGCAGACGACGUACAGCGUCUCGCUGGAGGAUCUGUACAAGGGCAAGACGGUCAAGUUCGCCGCCGACAAGCAGGUCGUCUGCGGCACCUGCAAGGGCUCCGGCGCCAAGGAGAAGGUCCACGUCAACACGUGCGACCGCUGCAAGGGCCGCGGCCGCGUCGAGGCCUUCCGCCAGGUCGGCCCCGGCAUGGUGACCCGCGAGGCCGCCGUGUGUGACCGCUGCGAGGGCUCCGGCAAGUCCAUCAAGGAGAAGGACCGGUGCAAGAAGUGCAAGGGCAAGCGCGUCGUCAAGGAGAGGAAGCCGCUCGAGAUCUACAUCCCCCGCGGCUCCAUGCAGGGCGAGCGCAUCGUCCUGGAGGGCGAGGCCGACCAGGAGCCCGACAUGAAGCCCGGCGACUUUGUCUUUGUGCUGGAGGAGGAGCCGCACGACGUCUUCCACCGCAUCGGCGCCGACCUGUCGGCGGACCUCGAGGUCACCCUCGCCGAGGCCCUCGGCGGCUUCUCGCGCGUCGUCCUGACCCACCUCGACGGCCGCGGCAUCCAGAUCACCCACCCCCGCGGCAAGAUCCUGCGGCCCGGCCAGGUGCUCAAGGUCGAGGGCGAGGGCAUGCCGCAGAAGCGCGGCGAGGACAAGGGCGACCUGUACCUGAUGGUCAAGGUCAACUUCCCCGAGGACGGGUGGCUGAAGGGCGACAGCCAGUACGACAGCCUGCUCAAGAUCCUGCCCGGCCCCGCCGAGCCGAUCAAGGCGGACGAGGUUGACGACGUGGAAUACGACGAUGAUGCGGACAUUGAAGAGAUGGGCGCUCAAUCGGGAGACCCGCGAUACCAGAACGAGUGGGCGGACGACGACGACGAGCCUGGCCAGGCCCAGUGUGCGCAGCAGUAA